AUGCAAGUCCCCAGAGGCGACGGUACUCAAGGCAAGGGUAAUGGUACUCGAUUGCCCAAAGAAACUCUCGACCUCCUAGACGCCGUCGACUUCAGCGGCAAAACAAUCUUGGUGACUGGAACUACCAAUGGCCUCGGAGAAGCUGUCAGCAAGCAUAUUAUUGUCCGCAACGUCGAUAGGCUGAUCAUGGGCGUCCGGAAUGUGCUUCGAGGCGAGGCGCUGAAGGUUAAACUGCUCGGCGACUCUGUUGUGGCAGCUGUAAACCCCAAUGCCAUUAUUGAUGUCUUUGAGCUUGAAAUGGAAGAUUACAAGAGUGUCGAAGCAUUUGCUACUAAAGUUCAAGAGACGACACCUACACUCGAUGUCGCCAUCAUGAAUGCAGCUGUUGGUGGCCUACAGUACAGUACGGCGAAGCCAACUGGCCACGAGAAGAUGCUACAGGUGGAUGUGCUGUCUACCACUUACUUGGCUCUCAAAUUAAUUCCUCUUCUUGAGAAGACGGCCGAAGUCAAGGGCGCACCAAGCCGUCUCCUCAUGGUUGGCAGCUGGACGCAGUUCGGCACCUCCAUCGCCGAAGAGAAACUCACUCACGAUGUGAUCAAGCACCUUGAUGACGAGGCCAAUUUUGAUCCUCGCAGAUAUCCUGACACUCAACUUCUCAACGGCUUAAUUACCAACGAACUAGGCCAACGUCUUGACAAGAAGAAGGUCGUUGUAGUCGAGCCUACUCCUCCGUGGACUCUCACAAACUUUGGCGCAAGCUAUCCUGAAGGACCAGCUAGGGAAGCUGCCAGAAAGAUGAUGGAUGAAGUUGGAUUGCCCGUCGAUGAAUCUGCGCUGACUUACAUUGUUGCCAUUGUCGCUAAUGACGAGGUUCAUGGCCAGUAUCUCGACGAUAACAUGAUUGCUCCUCGCUCUCCUUACUCUUUGAGCUCUGAUGGCCAGACGCUGCAAAGGGAGCUCUGGAAGGAACUUGUGGAGGAGUUUGAGAAAGUUGACCCCACGAUUAGCUCAGUCUCUGUCAUUUAA